UCCGGCAGCAGUUUUACCUGUCGAGAUGUGGAGAGGGGUGGGCACAUACAGGUGGACGAUGACGUCACGAAGGAAGUCCAGCGCAUAACAGAGACUGACACGUCGACUUUGUGCAAAAGUGACGCCGUCCUGCUGGUCAACUUGAAGAAGUCCUACUACACCCGCGGACACUGCAGUGUGGCGGUCAGCUCGAUGUGUCUGGGGAUAGCUGAGAGGGAAUGUCUGGGUCUGCUCGGGCAGAACGGCGCCGGCAAGUCCACCAUCUUCAAGAUACUGACCGGUCAGGUGCCGGUCACCGCCGGGGAUGCAUACAUCAAGGGCAACAGCGUCAAAACUCGGCUCAAAACUGUCCAGUCUAUGAUGAGUUACUGCCCCCAGUUUGACGCCCUCCAUGACGUGUUGACAGGACGAGAGACCCUGUACCUGUAUGGCAGGUUGAGGGGGGUGCAGGAGGGCAGCCUGCGUGAGGUGACGAACAUGAUCAUCGACUUCAUCACGCUACAUCCACACGAAGACAACUACACACGGACAUACAGUGGCGGCAACAAGAGGAAGCUGUCUGUUGGUAUAGCAAUCAUCGGCAACCCCCACUUCAUCAUGUUGGACGAGCCGACAGCUGGUCUGGAUCCGGUGUCCAGGAGAAGUCUCUGGCGGUGUCUGCAUAUGGUUAGAUCCAUGGGGAGAACGUUGGUGCUGUCGUCACACAGCAUGGAGGAAUGCGAAGCUCUGUGUACAAAGAUAGCCAUCAUCAAGCAGGGGCGGCUACUGUGUCUGGGCAGCCAGCAGUAUCUGAAGAACAAAUACGACCAAGGCUACUCCGUCGUCCUUCACGCGUCCACAGGGGCUGACGGAAAACCUACAGACCUGGACACUGCUAUCACAUCUCUCGACCAACAUUUCGAUAACAUCAAGGUAUUUGACAAGCAGGCCUACUACUGCCAUCUCCUGGUGCCAGAGUCCACCCGGCUGUCAGAGCUGUUCCAAGUGUUGGUGGAAGUCAAGUCAUCCUGUGACUUAAGUCACUUCACGGUGCAACAGACGUCCCUGGAGCAAGUCUUCUUAAAGUUCAUGAAGGAAUAA